CUUUCCCCUUAAACAUCUGGAUUCGAAAGCGGAUUGUCCGCGAGAACGACACCACGACCGAACACGACACGAUCGCCUCCCCCCGUCGCGCCGAACCCUAACGACCCCCGAUAUCACGCUACAAUAACGAACGAAACGCUUAGUAGUUGGCGUAGGAAAGCAAGGUUGCCAGGCCUUCAGCUAGACGACACGGUCACACUUCCAUUGGCCGCAGCCCCCCCGGCCCGACAACGCAUGUGACAUCCCUCUGCCUCUGCACCCCUCCCACCAUCCAAGACAGACCCGGGAAACACUGCGGCUUCCCGCCAACUUUUGCGACCGAUUUCUGAUUGAGUGGCUUGGCCCUAGUCCAGGGAGGCCAAAGUCGACAUACAUCGCGCAGCUGGGCGUGAGGGGUCUCUGGAGCUAUCGCCCACCACUCUGCGACGCAUUCAACCACCGGCGAAGCUUGCUAGAGUCCCAUUCGGAGGGAUCUGUGUGAGAGUCUGGUCACAUACUAUCACACCUGCCGUCGCGUCUCAUACGAGAGGAAACUGUAACAAUGUCGGGCCCCCAGGGUGGAGGAGACUCCAAAUUGUUUGCCAGGGGCAAGGUUGCUGAGCUGCGACUCGAGCUGAACAGCGGCGGCAAGAAGGACAAGAACAAUGUGAACAAAAAGAUCGCCCUCAAGAAGAUUGUUGCCAACAUGACCAUGAGCAACAACGACAUGGUCGCGCUGUUUCCCGACAUCAUCAGUUGUAUGCAUAUCCAGAGCCUGGAGAUCAAGAAGAUGUGCUUCUUGUUCCUAGUCAACUAUGCGAGAAUGCGACCUGAGAUUGCCAUACAGGCCAUUCCUGUACUGGAGCAGGACAUGGAGGACCACAAUCCACUUGUCAGAGCUCUUGCCCUUCGAACAAUGUCCUACAUCCACGUAAGGGAAUUCGUCGAAGCAACUGUGCCCCUGGUCAAGCACAUGUUGAAGGAUGCGGAUCCAUACGUCAGGAAAACGGCAGCGUUCUGUGUCGCCAAGCUUUACGACCACGACCGGCGUACAGUUGAGGGCUCCGACCUGAUCGACAGGCUCAACACCCUACUCAGAGACGAUAACCCGACCGUGGUCGCCAGCGCACUGGCAUCGCUGAUGGACAUAUGGGAGCGAAGUGACGCCAUCAAGCUCACUAUCGAUUACAGCAAUGCAUCCAAAAUGGUGGCUAUUCUCCCCGACUGCUCAGAAUGGGGCCAAACAUACAUCCUUGAGGCACUCAUGUCCUACGUUCCCCAGGAGUCGGGAGAAGCCUUGCUUCUUGCCGAGCGCAUUUCGCCGCGCCUUUCGCACUCCAACUCGGCUGUGGUACUGACUUGCAUCCGUGUCGUGCUCUAUCUGAUGAACUAUAUCUCGGACCAGAGGCAGAUCACAAUGUUAUGCAAGAAGCUAUCACCCCCACUGGUGACUCUUCUGGCAAAGGGGCCCGAGGUGCAGUACCUUGCUUUGAGGAAUGCGCUCUUGAUCUUGCAGCGUCGGCCGGAAGUGUUGCGCAACGACAUCCGCGUCUUCUUCUGCAAAUACAACGACCCCAUCUAUGUCAAGGUCACGAAGCUGGAGCUCAUCUUCAUGCUCGCCAACGAGGGCAACAUUGACGAAGUUCUCACGGAGCUUAGGGAGUACGCGACCGAGAUCGAUGUCCACUUCGUCCGCAAGGCCGUGCGCGCCAUUGGCAAGCUGGCCAUCAAGAUUGAGCCGGCGUCGCGGCAAUGCAUCAACCUGCUGCUCGAGCUGGUUGCAACCAAGGUCACAUAUAUCGUGCAGGAGGCGACGGUCGUCAUAAGGAACAUCUUCCGCAAGUACCCCAACCAAUACGAGUCCAUCAUCGGCACGCUGUGCGAGCAUCUUGACUCGUUGGACGAGCCAGAGGCCAAGGCCGCCAUGGUGUGGGUCAUUGGACAGUACGCCGACAGAAUUGAGAACAGCGAGGCCCUGCUCGAGGAUUUCCUGUACUCAUUCGCGGAGGAGCCGGUUGAGGUGCAGCUGGCGCUGCUUACAGCGACGGUCAAGCUUUUCAUCCAGCGACCGACCAAGGGCCAGGAACUGGUGCCCCGGGUGUUGAAGUGGGCGACGGAGGAGACGGACAACCCGGAUCUCCGAGACAGGGCCUACAUGUACUGGCGCCUGCUGUCGACGGACAUGGCGGCGGCGAAGCAGAUUGUCAUGGGAGAGAAGCCGCCGAUCACGGCUGAGUCCGAGCGGCUCGACCCGGCGACGCUGGAGGAGAUGUGUCUCAACGUGGGGACGCUGGCGACGGUGUACCUAAAGCCAGUGCAGACGGUGUUCCGGUCGGCGCGGCCGAGGAAACUGCUGGACUCGCCGGCGCUGCAGAAGCACCUGCUCCCGACGUCGAUCGAGAACCAGAAGAGCCUGAGCAUGCUGGGGAUGGGCGGGCAGGCGCAGGACGCGAGCAUGCACAGCCAGCACGUCAGCCAGGCGGAUGGGAAUUUGUCGCAGGCGGUCAAUGACGCGGACGCUUACUUCAACAGCAUCGGGCCGCAGCAGAUGGCGGCCAUGCGGAUCGACCAGGGCGACGUGUUUGGUGAGACGACAGGAUACGAGACCGGGUACGUGGUGAACCAGCAUGCGCCUCAGCAGGUGGUGCAGCCGGCGCAGGGGAGCAACGGGGAUCUUUUGGUUCUGUGAAGGCAAUGCAGGAUACGGAAGGGAGAGAGUGUGUGUGGGAGAGCGAUAUGUGGGAGUUUGCUGUAGGCUACGGACGAUAUCCUCAACAAUCAGUAAUGGCAAGGCAUGUACAUGUUGAUUGUUGGUCACUUAGGUAGUUUUCUAUCAAAGUGUGGAGUUGACUUUCCCCAAUCCUUUCAUCGAGAUUUGCCAGCACCUGCACACCGUCCAAAC